AUGGCCAGCCAAGGCAGUGCCAACCUCUUGGCCGACGUCGUCGCCAGUCGGCCUCCUGCGAAGGUCGAUGAAACCACUCGAAGAGUCUCCGUGACGCUGCCAGGAGACGUCGAGGGCACGAACACGCAAGAACGCGCACUAGCAUAUCCGAACGACGAGGAAGAAUACCAGGCUCCGACAGAAGAAGAGAAGGCGACAUUGCGCAAGGUCUCGGCGCCCGUACGGCUGAUAUCGUUCGCAUUGUGUCUGGUUGAAUUCGCUGAACGGGCAUCAUACUACGGCGCGAAGACGGUCUUCAACAACUUCAUCCAGUUUCCACUACCUGAAGGUGGCAAUGGCGCAGGUGCCCCUCCGCGCCAUACACAGAAAACCGCAGGGGCGCUGGGGAUGGGACUGCAAGCGAGCUCUGCUCUCACACUGCUCUUCACCUUCCUGGCCUACGUGAUCCCCAUCUUUGGCGGCUGGCUGGCCGACGUCCACACCGGGCGGUACAAGGCCAUCGUGAUAGGGGUUCUUCUUGCCGGAGUGGCGCAUUUGAUCCAAAUCUUUGGUGCCCUCCCGUCGGUGUUGCAGCAAGGCAAGUCGCACGCUGCUCCGCCGUUCAUCAUCGGGCUGAUCAUUCUGGCCUUUGGCGCCGGCAUUUUCAAACCGAACAUCGCGCCCACGGUCUUGGACCAGAAUCGCCACCAGAAGGCGUACACCAAGGUCCUCCGGUCCGGGGAGAAGGUCAUUGUCGAUCCGGAAGCAACCGCCACUCGGACCAUGCUCAUCUUCUACGGAUUGACCAACGUCGGCGCCUUUUACAUGCUGGCCACCACCUACUCCGAGAAGUAUGUGGGCUUCUGGCUCGCGUUCUUACUGUCGGGAAUCAUUUACUUUCUCCUCCCGAUCCUGCUGGUGGUCAUGUACAAGCGGACCUACAAGGCACCCCCGGCGGGCAGUUCAGACCUGGCCAACGCUCUCAAAAUCAUCGGGUUCGCUCUGAAAAAGUCAAAGUUUCAACCCUGGAAAAAGAACUUCUGGGACCAAGCAAAGCCAAGUGUGCUGGCCGCCCAGGGUGUGAGGGUAAGCUGGACCGACGAACUAGUCGAAGACAUCCGAAGGACUAUAGCUGUGUGCGAGAUCUUCUUUUACAUGCCAAUCUGGUUCUUGAACGACGGGGGAAUCGGGUCCGUUUCAACCAACCAGGCAGCGGCCAUGACGACCAACGGUGCACCCAAUGACCUCCUGGGCAAUUUUAACCCUUUGACCAUCAUCGUCACGGUCCCGUUCAUGGGCUACAUCCUAUAUCCCACCCUGGAACGCUGGAACGUCAAGCCGGGCCGCAUCACCAGGAUCGUCUGCGGAUUCGUCUGUGCCAUGAUCAGUUCCGUUGCCGGGGCCAUCAUCCAGUGGCGCGUGUACAAGACGUCGCCGUGUGGUUUCCAGGCGUCGACGUGCGACGGCGUCUCCCCCAUCAGUGUCUGGUGGCAGGUUCCCAUCAUGGUCUUCGCCGCGUGGAGCGAGUGCUUCUGCGCCGUCACGGCCUAUGAGCUCGCGUACGCAAGAGCGCCUCCGACCAUGAGAGGACUUCUCACAGCCGUGUAUCUCUUCAUGAACGGUCUCGCCAGCGCACUGGGAGAGAUCCUGAUCCCCGCCACCAAGGACCCCUGGCUGAUUUACAUUUGGGCGGGCCCUGCCGUGGCGCUUUUCCUACAGACUAUUUUGUUCUGGUUCAGGUUUCACCACCUCAACAAUGACGAAUUCAUGCUCGACCACAAAAUUCAACAGGCCACUGAUGGUCAAGGAAGUGCGCCAGGGUACGACGUCGAAGGACAUGAUGUGGAAAAGAAGAUUUUGGAGAAAUCGUAA